ACGGAAAGGCUAGGUGCCGCAAUGAGGUGGCUCCAGAGACGGGUUUGCUUGCAGGCGGCGCUGCUCCGUGCAGGCGGAGCGGGGCUCCAGGCAGGGCCACGCACAGCCUCGGGCAGCCCGGGAGAUGCAGGCGAACUGCCAGGCGAGCUGGACAGAUUUGGGGGCGUCUCCGUGCACCUGGCACGGCACCGCGCGCUGCACGAGCUGGACGCUGCCGCCUUCCGGAAGCUCUUGCAGGCUGCCAUACGACAGUGGCGAUCUGAAGGAAGGGUAGCUGCAUGGCUGCACAUCCCCAUCCUGCAAAGCCACUUCAUCGCCCCUGCUGCUUCCCUGGGAUUUUGCUUCCACCAUGCCGAAUCCCAUUCCUCCACGCUGACUCUGUGGCUGGGAGAAGGACCUAGCAGACUGCCAGGAUACGCUACUCACCAAGUAGGGGUUGCAGGUGCUGUAUUUGAUGAUAGGACCAGAAAAGUGCUAGUUGUACAAGAUCGAAAUAAAUUGAAAAAUAUGUGGAAGUUUCCAGGAGGCCUGUCAGAGCCCGGAGAAGAUAUUGGUGACACAGCAGUCCGAGAGGUUUUCGAAGAAACUGGUGUGAAGUCAGAAUUCAGGUCCCUGCUGAGCAUCCGGCAGCAACACAGGAACCCUGGAGCCUUUGGGAAGUCAGACAUGUACCUGAUCUGCCGCUUGCAGCCAUAUUCCUUCACUAUCAACUUCUGUCAGCAGGAAUGCUUGAAGUGUGAAUGGAUGGAUCUAGAAAAACUUGCCAGGACUGAAAACACAACCCCCAUCACCAGCAGGGUGGCUAGACUAUUGCUGUAUGGACACAGGGAAGGGUUUGACAAAAUUGACCUCAGUAUGGAGGAACUCCCUGCAGUGUACACAGGCCUGUUCUACAAACUCUAUCACAGGGGACUGCCAGAGAGUUACAGAGCCACAACGGGAGUAGAUUGGAUGCAGCCAUCCAAGUGAACCAAAGAAGGACACAGUCUUAUGUAUUUAAUUCGGUUAAUGACUGGCACCUGUCUUCUCACUUGCAUGAUUUCCAUGAUGGAAAUCCAUAAGUGUACAUAUUCUUAAAUCCUCUUUUCAAAUAAAGAAAACAAAUGAAAAAGA